AUGCAUAAGUUCCUCACCAUAGCUGCCCUCUUGGCAACCACAGCCCUCGCGGCAGACCGCACACCAGCCCUGGUCGCCCGUCAAGUAGUUGAGCUCCCUUGCUCCUACCAAGGUGAAAAAGAGUGUGGGAAUGGCUGCAUCCCGCUCUCCUACACUUGCUGCCCCAAUAACCUCGGUGGCUGCCCCUUGGGCUCCUAUUGCGACGGUCUGGGUUGCUGCCCCAAUGGAAAGACCUGUACCGGUCCAGGGGGCGUUUCCACUCGCCCCGGAUCGACUAUCUCCAUUACCAGCACUCUGACCAAUACGUUGACGUCCACAAGCACCUCCACGCACACCUUGACGUCCAGCGAGGUCGUGACCCCGACUUCCACCCCUACGCCUAGCUCGAGCGCCUCAUCCUCCCGGAGCGUCAUUCCUCCUAGCUCGAGUGCGGUAUCUCCCUCGUCAUCUACGCCGGCUGUGUCGCCCACCUCUCCUCCCCUUCACACUGGUGCAGCUUCUCACUUGACCCCGGGUCUCUAUGCUGCUGCCGGGCUCAUUGUUGGUGCUGCUAUCCUUUAG